GAAUUUUACAAGAAGAUGAGCACGUGCGCUGCAGAGUCAGCCGGAGUUCAUUCUCUGCAGUUUCCCCCAAAUCCUCUUCUUCUCGCUCAUCGCCAUUUUCUCUCUCCUAAAUUUCACCGGAGUUCAUCUUCUCCGCUGCAUGAAUUUACACACAUCCAAUUGCAGAAUCGCAGAAUCGAUCAAAUGACGGGGCCUUCACUGAUGGACUCUCUCUUCCAGCGCUCCAUCGACGACCUAAUCAAGGCCCUCCGCCUCACCCCGCCGGGCACGGAGCCCGCCUUCAUCGCCAAAGCGAUCGAAGAGAUCCGCCGCGAGAUCAAAUCCACGGACCCGCAGACCAAGUCCUCCGCCCUCCAGAAACUCACCUACCUCCACUCUCUCCACGGCGUCGAUAUGUCGUGGGCCGCAUUCCACUCCGUCGAGCUCUCCUCCGCCGCCGCCCACUCCCACAAGCGCACCGCCUACGUCUCCGCCACCCUCUCCUUCAACCCCGCCACCACCGAUGUCAUACUUCUCCUCACUCACCAGCUGCGCAAGGAUCUCUCCUCGCCAAACGUUCACGAUGUGAGUCUCGCCCUCUCUACUCUCUCCUCCAUUUGUAACUCCGAUUUAGCGCGUGAUUUGACGCCCGAGCUGUUUACUUUGCUUAGUAGUAGUAAAAUUACCGUGAGAAAGAAAGCGAUCGCCACGGUUUUGAGGGUUUUCGAACAGUAUCCUGAUUCUGUGCGUGUUUGUUUUAAGAGAGUUGUAGAAAAUUUGGAGAAUUCAGAUUUAGGGAUUUUGUCCGCAGUUGUGGGGUUGUUUUGUGAGCUCACUGAGAAUGAGCCUAGAUCAUAUUUGCCAUUGGCGCCUGAAUUUUACAAGAUUUUGGUAGACUGUAAGAAUAAUUGGGUUCUGAUCAAAGUGCUAAAGAUAUUCGCGAAGUUGGCUCCUCUUGAGCCGAGGUUGGGUAAGCGAGUGGUGGAGCCUAUCUGUGAGCUUAUGAGGACGAUGGGAGCUAAGUCGUUGGUGUUUGAGUGUGUGAGGACGAUUUUGACUAGUUUGAGUGAGUACGAUUCAGCGGUGAAGCUAGCAGUGGGUAAGGUGCGGGAGUUUCUUUUAGAAGAUGAUCCGAAUCUUAAGUAUCUAGGCCUACAAGCGCUUGCUAUGGUUGCACAGAAAGAUAUUUUGGCAGUUGUGGAGAACAAGGAUUUGGUGGUGAAAGCCUUGAGUGAUUCCGAUGUAAAUAUUAGGCUUGAGGCCUUGAGGCUUGUCAUGUGUAUGGUCUCUGAGGAUAAUGUCAUGGAAAUUUGUAGGAUCUUGAUCAGCCAUGCGCUAAAAUCUGACCCGGAGUUCUGUAAUGAGAUCCUGGGAUUCAUCUUAUUGACUUGUGGUAGGAAUUAUUAUGAGGUGAUUUUUGAUUUCGAUUGGUAUGUGUUAUUUCUUGGGGAAAUGGCAAGGGUUCCACAUUGUCAGAAGGGAGGUGAGAUUGCAGUCCAGCUUAUUGAUAUUGGUAUGAGGGUUAAAGAUGCUAGAUCUCAGCUUGUUCACGUUUCUCGUGAGCUGGUGAUUGAUCCUGCAUUACUUGGAAAUCCAUUUAUGCAUCCAGUUCUUGCUGCUGCUGCCUGGGUUUCGGGAGAGUAUAUCAAGCUUUCAAAAAACCCGUUUGAAAUCAUGGAAGCACUGUUACAGCCACGGACUAGUCUCCUUAGUCCAUCUGUAAGAGCUGUAUAUAUACACUCUGCAUUUAAGGUGUUGAUGUUCUGUGUGUACUCGUAUCUCAAAUUAAGUGGAGAUGAUUCUUCAUUUCCCUCUACAUUGACCGAUUCAGAACUAGUAUCUGAUGUUGAACUGGAUGAUCAAAAUAUGAUUGCUACCAAUGGGCAGGCAUCAUCAGCUUCUUCAGUAACACAUCAUCUUACUCAAGAAUCUCUCUUGGCUCUAGUCAAUCUUGUAGAAAUUAAUUUGGGACCUUUAGCUGGGAGUAAUGAAGUAGAAGUGCUGGAGAGAUCUAGCAAUGUCCUUGGAUUAAUUAAAUUGAUAAAACCGAUGCUCCUUGGUUCUCUCGACAAUGGUGAAGGAGAUCAUACUAAUGGAGGUCUAAAAGCUUCUGAAACAGUAAAGCUGAUUUUCGAUUCAUGUUCAGAAGAUCUUGGUCCAGUCUCAGUUAAUGCACAAGAGAGGGUACCCAUACCUAAUGGGUUGGUGCUCAAGGAAAAUCUUGAUGAUUUGGAUGAAAUCUGUGGCGAUAUUAAGUUGCCAUUGUUAAAUUCAUUUUCGCUUGUCAGACCUCAAAUCGCAGAUGCCUCUAGUAAUUCAGAUUUCCAGGGUAAGGAAGAAUCCGAACCAUCAACUGAAUCAACAUCAUUACUUGCAGAGCAUCGGAAGAGGCACGGUUUAUAUUACCUUUCUCCAGGAAAUACAGUGGUAACAUCCAAUGACUACCCACCUGCUCAUGACCCCAAAGAUAAGGCUAUUGAUGAGGCUGAAGAUCUUGCAAAGUUAACGGAGAAAUCACUCGUCGCUGGGAAAAAGCCUAGUCAAUCCAAGCCUAGGCCCGUGGUUGUGAAGUUUGAUGAUGGGGAAGUAACUAAUGUGGCGACAAAUAGAACUGAGGUUAAGGCAGAUCUAAUAUCCGGUGCUGUGAAGAAAGUGCUUCUAGGCGAUGAAGCUACAACAUCAUCAUCAAGACGAAAGCCACCAAAAUCAAGAAGGGCGACUGGCGAGUCAAAUGUUGGCAUAACAGAGUCCAAAAGUGAUGCAAGUAAAAUUGAUCCAUCUGAGCACAGUAAAGCUGGUUUGGGAAGUAGCAAGCACCAUGGCCAUGGUAAAGAGAGGAAACAUCGAAGUUCAGCGAGGGAUAAAGAGCAUGAUCGCACAGACAAGCAAAAAAGUGAGAGCGGGCAUGGUAAGCACAGGUCGCGGCACAGAGCAGAUAAAGCAUUGGAAGCUCAAGCACCAGUCAUCCCUGAUUUUCUUUUGUAGCAAGGCCUUAAAGUAAUGUUACACCCCUUCCAGUCCAAAAUGUUAAGGCCAGUUGUUGUAAUUAACAUCCUUGUUUUUUUCCAUACUGGAUUUGGUUGUAGUAAAAAUUAAUUUUUUUGAUUUAAAUCACAAUGUGUAGCAAUUUUGAUCUUAGAAUGUGUAGAACCUGAAAUAUUUCACAUCUCUACUGGUAGGAACUGCUUGGUUUCUGAUUAUUUGUAUGAUUCAGAGUGAUGACUUGAAUGUUGGUUUAACAGUAA